AUGGCGACUCUAAAAGAUCCCUGUUACAUCUUUAUUGACUUAAAUAAUGGAAGUAAAUAUAUUAGAGGUUUCGAUGAUGUGGAAAACCCAAGUGUGCGAAUAGGAACGCGUGUUGCAGUGGCUUCAGGGUUGGUGCCUGAGUGUCCUGAUCUAUAUAGUCUAUUAGCAAAAAACGAUCCAAAACUCUUCGGACUUUCUGAUGUGAUAUGCGAGAUUCUUAAACGUCGCUUUAAAAUGCAACAGCGUUCAGUUGAGACUAUCAUCAUCCAUCUUGACGAAUAUCAACGUUAUAUUAAUGAUGUUCAACAAUACCAACAACUAUCAUGGAUAGAUUCUUGCGAUUUCUUUAAAUCAAUGCUAAAGGGGAUUGGUAGUGUCAUGCGUGGUAAUAAUAUGAAAGAUGAGUAUGAUUACAAAUAUUUUAUCAUUCCGAUCUAUACAGGAACGUCUGCCAUUGACAUUCGUUUCUUGCCUACGGAGCAUACUCAAAUAUUGCUUGCGCUCAAUCCUUUGAAUUAUGACUCAGCAAAGUCAAUGUUUCUUGAUAAGUACGAAUAUUCGAGGCAAACAACCGAAACGGGAAGAAAUCUAGUUGUUCAAAGUCUCAAAUUACAUUAUUCCUCUGAUCUUAAUAAUGAAAAUAUCGAAAGUCUUUCAACGGAGUUUUGCAACUUUGUUCUGAACCAGCAACACUUUCGCACAGCGAUUUUUGACACUGGUUUCAUUCCAAAGUUAAUUGAUGAUCUCUUGAAGCAUCCUGUUCUCAGGUCAGAUCUUGAUUGGGGGAAUCAGCUUUUUGCUAAAAUGUCAAGACGGGCUGUUGCUACGGUUGGAGAUAAGCCGGGCAAUUGGAAAAGCUUUCAUGAUAUACGUACUAUAAUUUCAUUUGGGCUUACUGGUCAACCUAUUAACAGAAAUUUCCGAUUGCCCAGCCGUACUUCUAUUGGAGAACUUGAACGCGCUGGUUUGAUCUAUCUCUCUUGCUUGAAAGGUGAUUUGUACACCAUUAAUAUGCCCUUCAUGCUAUUGAAGAUGCUCAACAAUAAGCUUCUAGUUUCUAAAGUAGAAAAAGUAUUACCAGAUAAUCUUCUCUUAAUUCCAACACAUGGUUCUCCUUGGCAUUGGCAAAAUUUUGAACUUCUAUAUGGACAUAACCAAAAAGCCUUUAUUGAUAGUUUGAUCAAUGUUAAGGAAUCGACUGUGACAUCCAUUCAUCAUGAAAUUCAACUACUCCAGUCAAACUUACAACAUGAAAGUGAUGCCAGAACACGAUUACAAAUCAAUUACCAAAUCGAAAUUCUAGAAAAAGAUCUUGACAUUGAAUUUAACAAGAACUGGCGAUUAUCUGAUGUAUUUCGUGGAGCAAAAUGUGUAGAUGCACUUCUUCAACGCAAAGUACGAUUGCAUAAACUCGGGGUCUUCACUGAAAAUAAGAAAUUUCUUGAACGGACAAGUGACACUGCAUGUUUUGACAAGUCAGUAUCAUGUGAUGACGAUGUAACCCGCUCACUCGAAGAAGGAAUUUUCCGCUGUUACCGAGGAUGUGCUAACAUUGAUCACCGCUGGGUCCUUGAAUCUGCAAAUAAUGAAAAAAACUUAGCGUUCUUUUCACAAAUUAAGUAUUCUGAACGUGAUACGGCAACUGCUAUUUCUGCAUUAGAAAUUAAAAGGUGGUAUGAAAUGACAUUGAAAUCGGUAGAAAAUUUUGAAAUCGAAUAUGAUAUAGUUCUUGUCAUAUUCACUAACCGGCGUUGUACAGGAAAUGUUGAUAUGAACCAAAUGCCUCAACUGAUUCUCAUUCAUCCUGAAAAUAUCGCGAAAUUUCUUUCUCCGACAUUUGCUCAUCGUGGUUUAGUAGAUGCACAAAAUGACUAUAAUUAG